AAAAUUUUAUUGAUAACGAUUCCUCUGAUCAUAAUCAAUCGAACUCUGAGCCGACUCAUGUCUCAGUUUGAGGUUAGAAUUUAUUAAGUGAAAACAUGGUCCCACGGUCGCAGUGUUUUACUUCUAUUUUGGCGGUUGCGCCCAGGCUGUUGCCGUUCCUGAUAACAGCGGUUUCAUAUUUCGUACUUGCUCUUCCGAAGGAUCAGCCGUCUGUUCUGGCAGUGAUAGUAAAAUGCACUCCUAUUUAUUGUCUUAUUUAUUUUGUGUUGAAAGCUGGAGUAUCCACUAAUAAAAACAAAUUGGCAUUGGCACUUGUUUUUUCGAGUAUUGGUGAUGCUUUUCUGGUGUGGAAGGAGUUUUUUCCACACGGAAUGGCCGCUUUCGGUGUGGCGCAGGUGAUCUAUUUUACUACUUUUGGGUUCAAACCAUUAAAACCUGUUUUAGGUGCUAUUUGGUACUUAGUAGGAACUGCUUUGGUUGCCCUAGUUUUUUCAAACCUCAAAGGCAUUUUACUGUAUGGACUGCCCAUCUACGCAGUUCUUUUAGUUACAAUGCUUUGGAGAGCUACCGCCAGACACAGUUUUGAUGAUAAGGGCUGUGACAAAUGGUUGCGUUUAUCAGGCAGUAUCGGUGCUAUUUUGUUCGUGAUCUCAGAUGGACUGAUUGCUUUAAGCCAGUUUUACAUGCACAUUCCAAAUGCUCAGACCUAUAUCAUGUCAACUUACUACGCCGGUCAGUUGGGCCUCUCGAUGACUUGCUUAGAGGAUGGUGCGCAAGAUAAACGUUCGUCUGUCAGAAAAUCGACAAAACGAUCCUAAAUUAUCGUUUUACGAUGAGGCACGCCGUCGCUUUCUGUUUUCAUGAGAAUAAAGAUUUAAUCGUUUCAAAACGCUCAUAUUAUUUUUCACUAUCCAUCAAUUGCUUUUUUGCCGCUGCACGUACGUACGUGUCCAUAUGCCAUGAAUCACCGAAUACAAUCCGGAAUUCACUGUGAAAGUAAGAUUUUUUCUAAACGUUGGAAAUUUCGAAAAAACCUACGUUGUUUUCUAGCUUGCAGGAAAAUAUGCCCGUUGAAACUUCAUAU